AUGAAGAUGAUGUAUUUGUAUGUCCUUGUUCUUUGCUGGAAAGCGAUUAGUUGUAAUAAGUGUGAGUUAUCCAAUGUGACCAUAGCAGUGGAGAAAGAGGAAUGUGGAUUCUGCAUAAACGUCAAUACCACUUGGUGUGCUGGCUACUGCUUUAACAAGGAUGUAGUCCUCAAGGACCCAAUGAUACUCAGUGGCCAGAGAAUAUGCACUUUCAAGGAGUUUGUGUACGAAACAGUGAAGGUCCCAGGUUGCGCUAACCAGGCUGACUCAUUGUAUUCAUAUCCGGUAGCCACCGACUGUUACUGUGGAAAGUGUGAUACCAAAACCACUGACUGCACAGUGCUAGGACUUGGACCAAGCUACUGCUCUUUCAGUGAAAUCAAGGAGUAA